AGAUCUUACGUCAUUAUGUUUCCACAUUGAUGAUUUUGGGAAUAUUUUUCCAGAUAGGUAAAAGUGAAAUCUUGUGUAUUAAAGUUUGAAAUUCGAAACGUCUAACAUCAGAUAAAGUCAAUUUCAAAUUUGGAACACAUAAAGCGUAUACUUGCAUUAAAAAAGCUUACAUUGCUCAAAAUUUAUCGCUAAAUAAUAAAUAUUGUUUCCGUCAUCUGUAAUUUUACAACUGCUUUGUUCUCAAGUGGUAGCACGGAAAGAAGACAAAAAAAGAUGGAAUCAUGUUUAGCAGUGGAAAAAGAAGAAGAAAAGCUAUCUAAGAAAUACAAAGCUUUUCGAGAACACACCGAGUCCUCUCUUGACGAUAUUUUGAAGCAUUUAUCGAGUUUGCGGGAAGAACUAUGCAAAGUGGACAGUGAGAGCGAGUUAACAGCCACACACCUUGAAAUAUUGGGUGAGAAUUCAAAGAAAGUCAGUAACAUUGUGUCCCAAGUUGCAAAAGAGCACAAAGAUCUUCAUACUUCAUUAUCGAAAAUUGGAAAAUCCAUUGAUCGGAACUUUCUUCAAGACAACACAGGUGUGAGUAAACAAGGUAUCUUUUUGGGAGAGAAAUCUGUAAUACUAAACGAAGUAUUAUGUCAGCAUUUCUUCCGCCAAGGACGGCUAGAUAUUGGUGAAAGUUUAAUAAAGGAAGCAGGUCUGAACAUAGAUGAUACAGAGAAACUACCUUUUGCAGAAUUGAAUCACAUCCUUGAUGCCUGCAAGAAAAAGUCUCUUGCUCCCGCACUGAGAUGGUGUGAGCGGCAUAGAUCACAGUUAAUAGCAAGGGGUAGCCGUCUUGAAUUCAAGCUUCAUAAAUUAAAGUACAUUAAUCUUUUGUUGGAAGGAAAAUAUAAAGAUGCGCUAGUCUAUGCCAGAAAUUUUGCACCAUUUUCCAAACAGAACACUAAAGAAAUCCAACAGUUGAUGGCAUGUUUAGCAUAUUGUAAAUCGGGACUGGAUUCUUCACCCUAUGCAUCCUUCCUCGAUCCUAUACAUUGGAUUGAAAUAUAAGUCUUUACAAAAGAUGCAUGUGGAUUGCUGGGGUUGCCAGUGGAGAGUCCCCUUGAAGUGUGUAUUUCAGCUGGCUGGGCACUGCCAUCAUUACUCCAAAUCAAACAGGUUAUGCAACAAAGACAGUGUUGUGGAGUUUGGACAUCAAAGGAAGAACUACCUAUUGAAAUCGAUUUAGGAUCAGAUUAUCGUUACCAUUCUUUGUUCGCGUGUCCUAUAUUGCGCCAGCAAUGCACGGAAAGUAAUCCACCUCAGCGUCUUCAAUGUGGACAUGUUAUAUCCAAAGAUGCUUUGACAAAACUGACCAAUGGAAACAGAAUCAAGUGCCCGUAUUGUCCCAAGGAAAUGUCGCCAAAUGAUGCAAGAGAGUUGCAUUUCUAUUAGAAAACUGGAGAAUAUCUUUUAUCUCUAACUCUGUUGAGUGUUGAUUGAGGUAAAAUUGAUCUUGCACGAAGUACACUGUUACGCUAUUGUAGAAUUUCGAGAAAUCGAUUUAUAAAAAAUAUCAAAAAUGUACAAAGCGGAAAAUUAUGAAAACGCAGUUACGUCAAUAUACUUUCAAAACCA